AGAGGAGUAUAAAUAGGAGGAGCCGUUUGGGAGCGAGCGUGUUGUUUUUGUCUAGAAUCAGCUCAGAAAGCAUCGCUUCUGAAGACUCUCAAGUAAAAUAAGUUAGUGGGAUUGUUGUUUGGAGUCAUGUGGAAGGCGCUCAGCCUUACCCUAGCUCUCUGCGUCCUGGCGGGCUGCAGCGCAGAGAGCGAGACAGAUGGAGCCCGCUGUAAACUUCCUCCUCUGUGGAAGGUUGGGGAGGUGGAGCCCAUGAAGAACGCUCAUGGACAUGUGACAGUGGUGGCUUACUUACAGGCCAGCUGACUGUUCUGCUUGGAGCAAGCAUCCAAGCUUAAUGACUUGCUCCUGAAGUUGGAGAACCAAGGUUAUGUAAAUAUAACCUACAUGGUGGUAAACAACCGAGAUGAACGGUCCCAAAAUCUGCACCACUUGCUCGAAGAAAGACUGUUAAAUAUCACCCUUUACGCCCAAGACCUCAGCCAGCCGGAUGUCUGGCAGACCAUGGAUGUUGAGAAGGAUGACAUUUUGGUCUAUGACAGGUGUGGCCGACUCACUUACCAUCUGUCUCUUCCAUACACCAUCCUGAGCCACCCAUAUGUGGAGGACGCUAUAAGAAAAACCUAUUGUGAUGGUAUUUGUGGAGAGUGCAACAUAGAGAGUUCACUGCAACUUGAAGAGUGCAAGAAAUCCACAGAUGUGAAUACACCAGCUGAGGAAGAACGGCCUCACCAUCCCGAUCAUCACGAACACGUUCAUCACGGUCAUCACCACGGUAGCGCGGAAAGGCAUAGGCAUGGUGGCUCCCACCAUCACCAUCCUCACCAUCACCACCACCACCACGGCCAACAACAGGUUGAUGUGGGUCAGCAGAUCCUGGCCCAGGUUGACUUUGGUCAAGUAGCCGUUAAACAACCAGUGAUGAAACGACCUUGAGCCAAGGUCACUAAGUGAAAAGUCCAGUUCAGCUGACAGCAGGGGGCAGACUCUCCUGUGGCCAGCUGAUGCUGACACUGACGACUGCUCUUUGGUGGGGAGGGAAGUGGGAAAGUGGCAGGCCUCUGACACUGUGAGGAGACUCUUCCAGCCUCCUGACACUGACAGGGCCUGAAGGUGGAGGACAACAUCAGGGAGACCUGACAGUGACGUCCCGCCCACCCCACUGAAUGAGAGCCGUCGCAAUCAACCUGAGCCUGACCAGCAGGUGAUGCUAGUUGAGUAUGACAAGAGAAGUAAACAGGGCCGUUGCCUUGGUUACAAAAUUGUCUAAUCAUUUAUAGCUUCACGGAAACAUCAGUGAGCCCGGCACUGCAGAUCAGCGCUCUCGUUUUAUCUACCAACUAGUAUUUACACCUCAGCAUGUUGCAGUACUGGACCUUUGCCUCCCAUUCUGAAUGAUUCGCAAAUUGGUUCCUCUUAUGGAAGCUAAACAAUUCAAUCUAAACAACCAAGUUUUUGAUAUUUUUCUGAUUAAAUCUGUCUUAUAACAAACAAAACGAUCUGACUUAGGUCCAGUGUCUGUUUUCUUCUGAGAGUGUGUCAGGUUCAUCAUGUUAGUGUCUUUUCACCUCUGGAUGCUUUAUAUGGCAUUGAUGAAGGCAGGUGCAGAAACUAUGUUCUAGUGGUGCCUGUCCGAUGUAAGGCCAUACAGAGCAGAGGGCAAAGAUCACGUAACAUCCUGUAACCUUUGCUGUACCCAAUCUAAGCUAUGAAAAAUCUAUUUUGUCAUUAUUCUGGUAUUCAAAAAGAUGUUUUAGUUUUGCUGUGUGGAGAUAGAGGUGGUAGUAGGUGGAGAGAUUCUGAUCAUGAGAGUUUAAAACACUGUUGAGAUACUUCAUUUAAAGGUAAUGGAGCACUUUAUGAUCGAAAUCUGUUUUAUUUUAUUUACUAACACGAAUGUUGUAAGCGGGUUGUAAAAUGUAUGCUCUGCAUUACACAAAUGUUAAUGGAUCAUAUUAGGGAAAUUUACAAAAUGUAACUUUUACUUCACAUUUAUUAGAGAGGAGUUUGGGAGGGAGUAACUGGACAAAGGUUGUCAUUGUUAUCUUGGGAAGGACUGUUUGAAACAUUUUACAUACUUAAUGAAGGUUUUCUGGAAAAUCACCUGGAAGACCCGAGAAAUUGUAUGAAAACUAUGUUUGUGAUGGUGCCAAUGUCAUAUGAAUGUGAAAAGCAACUGGAAUGUAGAGGGGGGAAAAAACUCAGAUAAACUCAAAUAAAGUAAAAAAUUAAAUAACUUUGUUCAUCCA